CACUGCUGCUUCCAACAACAAGCAGAAGCCAGCAACAUGGCCGACCUAGGAAAGAAGUACUGCGUAAACUGCCUUGCAGACGUUACGAAUCUGCGGCUUCGCUGUACUGACUGCCCAGAUAUCGAACUUUGUCCGGAGUGCUUCUCCGCGGGUGCAGAAAUCGGUAAUCACCGGCGAUGGCACGGUUAUCAGCAAGUCGACGGCGGGCGCUUCACCCUCUGGGGUCCCGAAGCGGAGGGAGGAUGGACUAGCAGGGAAGAGCAGUCGCUCCUCGACGCGAUCGAGCAAUAUGGCUUUGGAAACUGGGAGGACAUGGCCACUCAUGUAGGGGCAUCUCGGACCCCCCAGGAUGUCAUGGACCACUACGUCGGCAUGUACAUCCAUGGCAACCUGGGAAAGGCCUGCGUCCCCGACAGCAUCCCCAACCGGGUGACGGAUCACACCUGCCCCAGCGGCGGCCCCCUGUCCCCCAGCCUCACCACCCCCCUGCCUCCCCUGGACGUGACCCUGGGCGAACAGCAACAGCUGGGCUACAUGCCGCUCCGCGACGACUAUGAAAUGGAGUACGACCAGGAGGCGGAGAAGCUCAUCAGCGGUCUGUCGGUCAACUACGACGAUGAAGACGUGGAGAUCGAGAUGAAGCGCGCGCAUGUGGACAUGUACGUGCGCAAGCUCCGCGAGCGCCAGCGCCGCAAAAAUGUGGCCCGCGACUACAACCUGGUGCCCGUCUUCCUAGGCCGCGACAAGAAGGAGAAGCAAAGCACGCUGGGAGUUGUAGGUGGUGGUGUCGUCGUCGGAGCGGUGGGGAGCCUUCCGACGCCAACCACUCCCGCGGUGAUACCGGGAGCUCCAGCCGUCCCGACAGUGCCGAAGCGUAAGAUCCCCAAGGAGGAGAAGGAGCAGCGGGUCAAGUUACGGGGGAUGUGCCAGUUCAUGGCUCAGCGGGAGUUUGAGGACUUGUUCCACAACAUGCACAAAGAGCGCGUUCUGCGCGCCAAAGUACGGGAGCUGCAGCGCUACCGCCGCAACGGCAUCGCGCGACUGGACGAGUCGGCUGAGUACGAGGCGGCGCGGCACAAACGGGAGAAACGCAAGGAGAACAAGAGCGUAGCUACCUCGAAAACGGGCCGGGGCGGAGGGCUCUGCACAGGAGGAGGGCUUGGCGGAGGGACAGGAGGUGGCGGAGUGGGCGGCGGUGUCAUCAAAGAGGAGGGCAAGGAUGGCGAGUUCCCGGCCAUAGAGAACCUGGCGGGCUUCGAGCUGCUGUCAGACCGGGAGAAGGUGCUGUGCAACUCACUUAACCUCAGCCCCACGCGCUACCUGACUGUCAAGACAAUCAUCAUCAAGGACCAUCUGCAGAAGAGCCAGGGCAUUCCCUCCAAGAGCCGGCUGCCCAGCUACCUGGACAAGGUGCUCAAGAAACGCAUCCUCAGCUUCCUCACAGAGAGCGGCUGGAUAUCCCGGGACGCGUCCUAACAAUCCAUUGGGUUUGUAGAGACUGGGACGCGUCCUAACAAUCCAUUGGGUUUGUAGGGACUGGGACACGUCCUAACAAUCCAUUGGGUUUGUAGGGACUGGGACACGUCCUAACAAUCCAUUGGGUUUGUAGGGACUGGGACACGUCCUAACAAUCCAUUGGGUUUGUAGGGACUGGGACACGUCCUAACAAUCCAUUGGGUUUGUAGGGACUGGGACACGUCCUAACAAUCCAUUGGGUUUGUAGGGACUGGGACACGUCCUAACAAUCCAUUGGGUUUGUAGGGACUGGGACGCGUCCUAACAAUCCAUUGGGUUUGUAGAGACUGGGACGCGUCCUAACAAUCCAUUGGGUUUGUAGGGACUGGGACACGUCCUAACAAUCCAUUGGGUUUGUAGAGACUGGGACGCGUCCUAACAAUCCAUUGGGUUUGUAGAGACUGGGACGCGUCCUAACAAUCCAUUGGGUUUGUAGGGACUGGGACACGUCCUAACAAUCCAUUGGGUUUGUAGAGACUGGGACGCGUCCUAACAAUCCAUUGGGUUUGUAGGGACUGGGACACGUCCUAACAAUCCAUUGGGUUUGUAGGGACUGGGACACGUCCUAACAAUGUGUAUGGAGUUUGUGGGGACUAAGGAUUGUAGAGGGACAAUGACUCUUGUUCUCUGUUGGAUUGUUGCGUCUCUGUGUCUUGUUAUAAACAAUGUGAGAUGUGUCGUAAACUCCAGAUUGGACCAAGCUGAAUUUUACCACCUUUUGUCAAGUUCUGACCCAAGUCGUCGACCACCGGACUGUUUGUGAAUAUGUACAUUGCAAAAGAUUUCCCCUUUCUUAAAAAAAAGUUUGGAUACCAUUUACAGGAGAACGUGGAACAAAUAUAUAUUUUUGUAUUUGAAUCCAUAUGAAUGAUAAUGUAUGGGUAGAUGAUACAUUCUCUUUAUUGCAGUGAAGGAUCACCUAAUACUACUGGGCAAACCAGACAACACUGUUUUUCAAAGCUGUUCUCAAACUAUAAAUAGUUUUGUAGUUUGUCUCCAGCUUCCUUUAAGUAUGGUCCCAGAACAGUUGGUGCCAUCUUGCUAACUCCUAUGGUCAUUGGCAAGACGAUACAAACAGAUCUGGGACCAGGCUAGCUUCCUUUUAUGUUAGGAUGUUGUCUUGGAGAGCACAGGUUAGUGCCUAUUCAAACAGCAAUACAGUCGCACUGUGUUGGAAAGCAGGGGUUAUCAUCAUCAUUCUUACCAUGAAGAGAUGGCCUGCUAAGCAUAGAGGGGUCAGUAUUUGGCAGCUAACGCUUUCAUAAAGCACUGCGGUAAUCCCCAUUAUGACGCUGUAGCUUUGUGGUGUGUCAGGCUCAGAAUGUGGCACUGUGAGGGGAGUAGAUAAGCCUAACUUCUCCAUACUAUUCUGUUGCACGUUUUCUGAUUCUAGUAGGCUAUUCACUCUACUCGACUUCUAAAGAAAAUAAAAAGCUUUAAAUAUUGGCAUUAACCAAUGACAUGCGAUCCUAAAGCACAAAUCAAAAAUGUUGCAGAUCUAUUUUUUUCACCAACGGUUAAGUUUGCCUGCCCCUUGUUUGGGGGGGGGUUGUGGCGUUAACUGUGUGUCGUCCUGCCAGACUGGUUUUAGCCUCUUAAUGUGCUGCAUGAUUAUUGUAUUGUGACUCGUUGCGUGCUGUUUUGUUUGCUAGUGUUCCAUCUAUUCAAAGGGAGUUAAGUCAUCGUUUUCAAAAAAAGAAAUGAUAUACCUGCUACAUUUGCUCCAUCUAUCUUCCUGGGUCAUUGUUUGUUUACAGUCACAUCAUUCAAUAAGGCUAGUGCAGUGGUCCUCAGUGGGGGUUGUGAAACUGAAUGGGGAAAAUACCUUUUGUUGAUGUUUAGAACCACUGGGUUAGUGUUCACAUAUGGCCUUGCAAGCACACUAUCAAAGGGCAGAGAUAUUCUGGUGGAAGAGGAAAAGGACUGCCACAGAAAAGCGCAGUUGGUAUUAGACAUUGUUUUUCCAUUAUGUGAAAUGUGUUUGUUCUAAGCACGGGUGCUUUAAAAUGUCCCUUGGCACCUUCUCCCUCUGAUGUCCAGUUAGCCUGUUUAAAACAGAGGUGAACUUCAGUAGAGAUGUGGGUUGGUUGUAUAGAAACAGUUUUACAUUAGACACUGUGAAAUAAUGUCGUGACUACAUUCGAAUAGGCCUUGAUUAAUAUCGUAGUACAUUUACCAUACCAGAGGAAAUAAAAAUGCUAUAUUUUUCUUCCCCAUAAGCCUCUGAGUAUCCGGACACUGACAAGGCCCCUUGGUUCUCCCAUCAUCUACUUGAAGAUUUUAUUUUUGUCCCAACAACUGGCAUAGUUUACAAUCAAAUACUACAUAUCUCCUUAUCUGGUUUAAGGCGAAAACAACUUCAAGGGUAUGUUCUGUAUUAAAAAUGAAAAUACUUUAUA